GCCUUUAAAUAAGAACCGACCAUGAAUACCGGUCUUAAGAUGAUCUUGAAUAUAAAAACGGACUAUGAAUACCGGCCAUACUCAUACUCUUAAAUGUAUGAACAUGCGCGCAAGGGCAGAAGGGCACCUGGUUGACUUUCACAUAGUCUGUGGUGACCUUCGUUUGAACCUGACUUGACCGUGGAAUUGUGGCCGGCAAGAAGUAUAAUUAGUCUUAGAGUCUACUACUUUCUUUCUCUCUUUUUCUCUCUUUCUCUCUCUCUCUAUCUACCAUUAUUAAAAAAUAUUAUAAACGGUAAGUCAAAAAAUAUAAAUUACGGACAUGUGCCGUGGUGUUUUUCUUUAAUCCAAUUAUCACAUGAAACUAGGAGAACAUUACCAUGCAGUAACGAACAGUCAACGAUGUCAAGAGAACGUGCUUCCAGAAGAUUUUAUCGUGUAGAUAGUACCAAUGAUUUGUUUGAAUUCAUGGACCGUGGUUAUUCAGCCCAACAUGAAAAUCGAUGGAACUUUGAAGUUGCUUGGGAAGCUGCCAAUAAAGUUGGAGGUAUUUAUACUGUAAUAAGAUCUAAAGCUUAUGUUUCAACUGAAGAAAUGGGUGAUCAAUAUUGUCUCAUUGGUCCAUAUAAGGAACAUUCUGCACGUACUGAAGUUGAAGAGGCUGAUUUUCCUUCUCAUAAUCCUUUACAUCAAGCAAUACAAGUUCUACGUGAUCAAGGUUAUAAAAUUGUAACAGGAACAUGGUUAGUGGAUGGAAAUCCUCAAAUAAUUUUAUUUGACAUUGGAAGUGCCGCCUGGAAACUAGAUGAAUAUAAACAAGAAUUAUGGAACACUUGUAAUCUUGGAAUACCUCAUCUCGAUAUUGAAGCUAAUGACGCCGUGAUACUCGGAUAUUUAGUUUGUCUAUUUAUUACUGAAUUUAGAAAAGCAACUGAAAGAUACUCAAGCAUUCCACCGAGAAUAGUUAUACAUUGUCAUGAAUGGCAAGCAGGUGUUGGGAUAAUUGCUUUGCGAACAAGACAUGUGGAUGUGGCCACAGUAUUCACUACUCAUGCUACACUUUUGGGUAGAUACCUUUGUGCAGGGAAGACGGAUUUUUAUAACAAUUUAGAUAAGUUCAGUGUUGAUGAAGAAGCAGGGAAGCGUCAAAUAUAUCAUAGAUAUUGUAUGGAACGCGCGGCUUCACAUUUAGCGCAUGUAUUUACAACUGUUUCGGAUAUCACUGGUUUCGAAGCCGAACACUUGCUCAAACGUAAACCUGAUAUUAUCACGCCAAACGGAUUAAAUGUAAAGAAAUUUGCAGCUUUGCACGAAUUUCAAAAUUUACAUGCUAUUAGUAAAGAAAAGAUACAUGAAUUUGUGCGAGGUCAUUUUUAUGGACAUUAUGAUUUUGAUUUAGACAAAACGUUAUAUUUUUUCAUCGCUGGUCGAUACGAAUUCGGAAACAAAGGCGCUGAUAUUUUCAUAGAAGCGUUAGCCAGAUUAAAUCAUUAUUUAAAAACAUCUAGACCUGAUUUAACAGUAGUUGCUUUCCUUAUUUUUCCGGCAAAAACCAAUAACUUUAAUGUUGAAUCUCUUCGUGGUCAUGCUGUAACUAAAUCUUUACGCGAUACUAUCAACGAUAUACAGCAAAAAAUAGGGAAACGGAUGUAUGAAUUAUGCCUCUCUGGUCGUAUGCCUGAAGCUCAAGACUUAUUGCAAAAAGAAGAUACUAUUAAAAUAAAACGGUGUCUGUAUGCUCUUCAAAGAAAUGGAUUACCACCUAUUACAACACAUAAUGUUGUGGACGAUUGGAAUGAUCCAGUGUUAAAUGCUGUUAGAAGGUGUAAUCUUUUCAAUACUGUCCAUGAUCGUGUUAAGAUGGUAUUUCAUCCAGAGUUUCUGUCUUCAACAAAUCCGCUAUUUGGUCUCGAUUAUGAAGAAUUUGUCAGAGGAUGCCACUUGGGCGUUUUCCCCUCGUAUUAUGAACCAUGGGGAUAUACACCGGCUGAAUGCACGGUUAUGGGUAUUCCUAGCAUUACUACUAAUUUAUCAGGAUUUGGAUGCUUUAUGCAGGAACAUAUAGCAGAUCCAAUGAGUUAUGGUAUUUACAUUGUUGAUAGACGUUAUAUCGGUUUGGAAGCGAGCGUUCAACAGCUUGCUCAGUAUAUGUUUGACUUUGCGCGACUUAGUCGUCGUCAACGUAUUAUUCAGAGAAAUCGUACAGAACGUCUUAGUGAUCUCCUCGAUUGGCGAAAUCUUGGCAUUUAUUAUCGUCAAGCGAGAAUAAAAGCGUUGACGACUGUAUAUCCAGAAUUGGCAUCAGAAUAUGCAGAGGGUGGAAUUGGUCGAUUCAACUAUCCCAGACCAAUUAGCGAACCACCAUCUCCAUUAUCGUCGCGACACACGACACCGGCUGCUUCUGUACAUGGUUCAGAUGAUGAGGAUGAGGUUGAUGAUGAAAAAGAGCUAGAAGAAUUGCGACAAUCAAAUGGAGGAUAAAUACGAAAACAGCAAUACAAAAGCGAUAAGAAUCAAAAGUAAUAAUGUACGAUAGAAUCCAAGAUAAUGUAUGGAAUACACAGCACAGUGCCAAAACAUUCAUUGUGAUUCCUCCAUGAAAUGUAUAUAUCUAUGAAUUCAAAUUUAUAAUAACUGUUAUUAAUAUAUUGUCACUGCCAUGCAAAGCAUAAAAUAGAAUAGUAAACAUAUACAUAUGUAGCAAUAAUUGUAAUGGUUCAUAAAUAUUAUGAUCAUUAUGUGCAAUAACAUUAUUACUUUUUAUUAGAACUUUAUAUUCUUUAAUGCCAUGAUUUAUUCAUUCAAUCGAUUUAAUUUUUUGAUCGAAUAUGGUAUAAUAUAUGAUAUAAUAUGUGGUAUAGUAUAUUCAAAUAAUUAAUAAUCAUAUUUUAAUAUAUUAAUGUAAUCAGAAGUUUGAAUAAAAGAGAAUAUCGUAUUUACAUGUUCGCAUACCGAACCAUAUUUCAGAAGUGCACAUUUAUCUGUUGUAUUUAUAUUCAUAGGAAUUAGGAAUCAUACAUGUAUCUGAUAUGCAUAUACAUAAUUACACUAUGAGUAAAAUAUAUGUUAUAUAGAUUAUAUUUUUAUUAGAAUUGCCAUUUUAAUAAAAGUUUAUCUACAAGGCUUGAUUUAUCCAAUCCUUGUAAUAUUAUAUGUCUCGUUAUAUUUACAUAAUAAGAAAUAGAUUAUAUAUAAUAUGUUCCUAUAUUGCAAAAAUAUAUUGAUAACAAAUUAUAUUAUAAAAAAUAAAAGAUAUUUCAAUGAUAAGAAGUUUUACUUUGUUUCUCAAUUAUUAACAUAAUGUACAAAACGAUACAUACAAAAUGGCCAAGUUACAUCCCUUACAACACAAUUAUAGAACACAUUGCAUUUAUCCAACCAAAUUUUAUAUAUUACAUGUAUAUGUAAAUUUUAAAUAUAUAUUUACACAUUACAAAAUGAAUAAUACAUUACAUAAUAAUUUCAUAGCUUGUUAUAAUGCAACAAUAUAUAAAAUAUAUCAGUUUUGGAUAAUUUGGAUGACCUUUUCAUUGUAUAGAGUCCAUGUAUAUAGUUUAUUAUUAUACGCAAUGAGAUUCUAUAUUAGUCUAUAUAUUUUUCUAAUCACAAUUUAACUGUUCCAAUCACACAUGCUUUUCUCUCUAUAUUAAUAAAUUAUAUUAAAAAUGUUGAUAUUAAAUCCCAUACAGCACAGAAAUUUCAAUUACAUUAUAGCAAUGUUACAAAAUCUUUCAAGUUGCAUUGCAAUAUUGUAAAAACAUUACAGGAACAUGUCACUAAUAUUUCAUAUGACAAAUGUUAUUCCAAAAACUUUAUAAAAAACAUUAUUCAGCUAUAGUCAUAAAAAUUAUAUAAAGCUUAUAAAGAAUGACUAAUAAGAUUAAAGAUGUAUAUAAUAACUAUUUUUUUACUUAUUUAAUUUCUGAUAUUACCUCAACACAAGAUUAUCAAAUAUUGAAUUAAUUGUUUUUAAAUCGGACAAGUAAAUGUCAGGGUAAUGAGUAAAAAUCAUUUGCUUGUUAUCUAUUUAAAAAAAGAUGUAGAGUUCAAUACUAUAUAAUAAAAUUAAAAAUUUUUAAUUUUAUAAAAUAAAAUAUUGUAUUAAUUACAUUGGAUCAAAUAUUUUUGUGUAUGUGUGUGCAUGUGCGUGCAUAUUAGAGUUCCUUUAGUAAGGGUUAAGACAAUCUGCUAUAUAUAGCCAAACUCCGAAAGUUAUUUAUGCACUUAUUUAUGCAAUUUGGAAUUGAUUAUAUUUACAGUCAACAUAAUUUUUCAUGUUUAAUAAAAAAAAACUCAAUGAAAUAAAUUAUUCGCUUUUUUAUUAAAAAGAUAAAAAGGGCUCCUGCAGGAUGUGUCAACGCGUUAUGCUUCAUGUAUGCAUUAUUCCAUUGUUACAUUGAAAUAUUUGUAAUGUUUCUACAACCUUUUUGUGCUGUAUGAGACAAAAUGUUUUAAUUUCUAAUAUGUUAAUUAUUAUGUAGCAUAUUAAUUAAAAAAUAAAAAACUCUACUGGGAUUUUUAUUUCUUUAAUUGGGUAAUUUUAUAUACAGAAUGUCUAUAAAAUCUGUGCCCCUUAUAUUUCGGAAACGGUUUAAAAUUAUGAAAAACCGCGAAAAAAAUUUAGAUUUAACCUUAAUUUUUUUCUUAAAGAUAUAAUAAGCUAUUAAAUUCAAGAUAACGCCAAAUUCUUUUUUUAUAAAAACAAGGUCAAAUCUGAAUUUUUGUAUGGAAAGGACUUAAAUAAAUGCACACUCUUUCACAUCUUAAAUGUUUUUUUAGGAUUUUUCAAGUGGGAGUAAUGAUUUCUUGACAAUUGGCUUUUUUGAACUUUGACCCUAAAUAACUUCCGAAUGGGUCAACAUAUCAACUUCGUUUGCGUCAAAAAUUUUGUCUUUUUAUACCCUUUUAAAGGAUAUAAUAGAGAAAAGUGGGAGGUUUUAUUCAAAAUUUUUGAGUUGAAAAUCAUUUCCUUGAGGAGACAAAUUCCACCCAACUCUUUUAAAAGAAUAGCCCCUCGAAAUGAUCGAACACGUAUUUCGCGGUUCUUCAUAAUUUUGAGCCAUUUCAGAAAUAUAGAGGAUAGAAGGGAUCAUCCCGUUUGCGCAUAUUACAGAUUGGACACGACAAUAUUUCUUGAUCGGACACAGACUCUAUCGGACACAGGCCGAUGGUUGAAUUCAAACCUAUGUGUCUAGUUUUCUGAUAGUAGAGUAGGAAGGGUCGGAACACCUCCACGCAAACACUUUAUUGCGAAAUGAGGUUUUAACAUAAGUUUUACAACUUUUCAUGCGAAGUGAGAUUUCACAUGGAUUUACAAAAUUUUCCACGCAAAGCAAGGUUCAACGCAGACUUAUGUCUAACCUGUGUUAGAUUAUUUUUCAUUUAAUUUUUGGAUAGUGGAGCUCCCCCAAGGGAGGGGUGGAACUGCCUAUCUACGCAUAUACUUUUCAAUGCGAAAUGAGAUUCCACAUGGAACUUUUUGGAUACAACUUUUCAUGCAAAGCGAAGUUUCAUGGGCUUACAACUUUUCACACGAGAUUCAACUCAAAUCUAUGUAUUAAUAAGUGUUGUCUUAUAUGAACCUUUUUUUUAUUUCCCGAAAUUGGAUUUACGCGCAAUUUAUUUCUCUUUUAUCAAAACAAUCUCUUUCAUCAAAAACAACUGGACCUAUAUCCGAUCGGGUCUGUGUCCGAUCGAGAAAUAUUGUCGAGUCCGAUCUGUAAUGUGUGCAAUCGAGACUCACUCGGAUAGAAGACAUAGUUAGACACUAUACACACUUUAGACACUAUACACACUAUAGACACUAGAUACUAUAGACACUCUAUGAAUAAAAAAAAACUACAGAAAUUAGCAUCUGUACUAUAAAAGUAAUUAAUUGAUGUCACUCAACAUAAUUUUUUCACUUACAAUAAUUUUAUGAUAACUUAUCCUCGAUCAAAAAUAUAUGUAUUCAAGAAUAUUGUGUUAGAAAUGUAACUCAGAUAAAUGAAAAUUAAUAUUUUUGCAAGAAAUAAAUUAAUGCAAAAGCUUAAUAUACUAUUGUAUGUAUGUGACAUUUUAUCCUAUAUGUAUGUGAUAUUUUAACCUAAAUGGCGCACACAUUAUGUAUUAAAUACUAGAAUUUUACAAAGAACAUUAAAGAAUAAAUAGAAUAUUAUCUAAUUAUAAUUAGAAUAUUAAUAAGAUACAAAACGCAAAAUUAAAAAAAGAAUAGUUAUAUGUAUUUUUAAUAUUUCAUCCAAUACAAUUUUUUUUUUGUAAAAUUUAUUGAGAUAUA